AUGCCUUCUCCCGUCAUCCUCAUCCUCGGCGCAGGCCCAAACAUCGGCCACCAUGUCGCGAAGACGUUCGCCGCGGCCGGCUACAAAGUGGCCGUCGCCGCGCGAUCAGUAAAGGAGGCAGAGAGCACCGACAGCCAGUUGAACAUCCCCAGCGACUUCACCAAAUCCGACGACGUGGUCAACGCCUUCUCCAAAGUCAACAAAGUCUUCGGCAUCCCUAGUGUAGUCGUUUACAACGUCAGCGCCUCGACGCGGCCGCCCCCCGACGACCCGUUCUCCCUCCCCUUGGCCGAUUUCAGCAAAGAUCUCAGCAUCAAUGUCACGAGUCUGUACGUCGCCGCGCAACAGGCUGUCGCCGGCUUCGCGCAGCUGCCUGCGGGCGCGGCCCGGACGUUCAUCAUGACGGGCAAUAUCCUGAACGUGGACAUCAUCCCGGGCUUUAUCUCGCAGGGCGCGGGCAAAUCCGCGGGCGCACACAUGAUGUGGGCUGCUGCGGAUGCGUAUAAAUCCAAGGGAUACAAGUUUUACUAUGCGGAUGAGCGCAAGGCGAACGGCUCGGCCAAGUUCAUGGUCGAUGGAGAUGCGCAUGCGAAGCUGUUCAAGGGUCUUGCCGAGGAGAAGACGCAGGGGCCGUGGCAUCAGACGUUUGUGGCGGGUAAGGGAUACCAGAAGUUUGCUUCCAGCUUGUAA